AUGCUCCAUACGCCCGGUCAUACGCCGGACCAUUUGGUCGGGCUGGCUCGAGUGCAGCCGGAUUCAUUUGUUCUCAUGGGUGCGGAUUUCGCCCAUCAUCCCGGCGAAUUCCGGCCGUCAAAGGACUGCCCGCUUCCAGAAACCAUUCAGCAUUCGCCGCUGCCCUUUCACUCCCAGUUUGGGAGUGUCUGCCCCGGGCAUCUCUUCCACUCGAUCGGACGCCACCCCGGCCACAACGACAAGCCGUUCUUUCUGCCGGCCGAAAAGUACACGCACGACUUCGACGAGUGCUUGCGUACAAUUGACAGGCUGGCCAAGUUUGACGCCGACGACCAGAUUUGGAUCCUCAUAGCUUAUGAUCACACUCUCUUGCCGAUUUUCACUGGCGAGGAGGAUCGAGAUACCGGCUGGUUCUUCCCGCACCGCACUCUCAAUGACUGGCGACAAGCGGGACUCGCAGAGAGGGGGAGGUGGCGUUUUCUGAGCGACUUUCAACAUACUAUUUAA